AUGACAUCACAGGCAAAUCCAGACGACGCCUUGUGCGAUCAUUACCUCCCGCGAAAGAAGCGGUUCUGCCGCUCAGAGAAGCGAGAGGGCAGCCGCUUCUGUCAUACGCAUGACACCUUCACUUCUUCUGCGGGUCCCCAUGGCGGUGAGUGUGUCAGGGCGGAGGAGUGUGAGGGACGAACACGGCGUGUGCCUUGUCCGAUCAACCCCAACCACACCGUAUACGCGGCGCGGCUGCAGCACCAUAUACAAGUUUGCCCGGACUUGCGGUACGUGACUAGAAAGCUGCCGUAUUACAAAGCGGAUGCCAAUGCGUUGCGCGGAAAGGUGUAUUGUAGAGAAGAUGACACACCUCAUGAACGAAUGACGCAUCACCACUUAGAUGCCGACAAUCUUCGUCAGCUGAUUGAGCGCGUGCGUCAUUGCUACUUUUCCGUGAUACAGCCUCAAAUUGUACUGAUGGCGGAGGAAAUCUCCAACAAUAAUGAGGAAACAUCUAAAUCGACGUGUAACAUGUCAGCUAAGCAUGGCCCACAACACCGUGCACUGCUGCGCUGCUUGCAGAAAGCAAUUGAGGGUUUUUUUAAGGCACAGACGCCAACAGAGAGUUCUGGAAUGGCAGUGAAGGGAUUUGUGGAAUUUGGGGCGGGAAAGGGUGGACUUUCAGUGGCAUUGCAGGACGUCUUGUUGUCCCAUGCUUUUGAUCUUUCAGGGAGUACUGUUGAGAAGAAGGAAUUAGCUCCGGCUCAAGUGCACCGUAAACCACUCCUUGUGGUGGUCGAUGUAGGCAACUUUCGACGUAAAGGUGAUGCACGUGUUUCCCGAACCAGCCUUCCUCUCGUUCGACUGCGUCUUGACAUCAAAGAUCUCGAAUUGGCAAAGGCCCUGCGUGACCCCUCCGUCUUUAAACGGGCGAGAGACGAAGAAAAGGUUAAUGUAAUCACAUUAUUGGAUAACAUUCAUGCUGAAGGAAUUCCAGAGGAGCGCUGGGUGGCUCUUGGCAAGCACCUUUGUGGUGCCUGUACAGACUUUGCUCUCUCAUGCAUCACAUCGCCCAAUCUUUGCACAGAGGGUCGUGCAUCCGUUAUUGCCGUGGUCUUUGCCACAUGCUGCCAUCACCUCUGUGAGUUGCGGCACCUCAAUGCAUUAGCAUCCACGGAAGAUGAUCAGCAGGCAAUCUUGCGUUUGCCAGGCACAGAAUACACCAUUUCCACUGCAGAGUUUGCAGCGAUAGCAUCUAUGUCCUCCUGGGCCGUCAGUGGGACGGCUGUUGACAAGGAACGCCAAACUACAGGGGUUUGUUGUAAGCGUGUCAUUGAUGCUCUACGGAUACAAUACCUCAAACAAAAUGGAUAUCGUUCCGCCUACCUUUGCCAGUACAUUGAAAAGGGAAUUACAGAAGAGAAUGUCACCAUCGUUGCCUUUCGGUAA